CACAAACACACACAAACAAAUUAUCUCUUUCUCUCCUUCAUUCUCCACCGACCAGCAAAGUUGAAUUUGGGCAAAACCCAUUUUUACUUAAUCCUUGAAGCUUGCUAUCAAUACUAUGGGCACUUGAGCUCAAAGACUCCAUUUUUAUGGUACUGUGAAAAGGUUUGCUACUCAAGGUCCUCGUUUGCUGAGAGCUUCCACAGGUUAUUGACUUAUUGUCUACUCAGAGUGAAAGUGAAUGCUUGAAGUAGUGUGGCUCAAAUUGUUCCUUUCUUGAAAGAUGUCUAAGAAGAGAACUAUUGAUUCAUUCUUUAAGAAAAAAGAGAAAGAUAAUGAAGAAGCACAUCUUUUGUCUAAUUCAUCGAUUUCAAAUUUGGAUGCUAAUGUUGAAAGUUUCGUUGAGCUUGGACAACCACCACAAUCAACUAGUCAUUUGAUGGGGGUUACAGCCACACAUAGUCACUCUCCACAUGAUUCAAUAAAUAACACAAUUAGAUAAAUAACUUUUAAAAUAAAGAUUAAUCUCUAUGUAUCGAUGGUGUAAAAAGUUUUACACAGUAAUUCAACCACACCCUUCAAUUUCCUAUUUAAAAUAUCAUUAAAUUCAAAAUUAAUUAUAAACUAACAGAGUAGAGAAAUGUGAUUGCAUUAUUGUGUAAAACAUAUUUACACGGUUUCUCUUAAAAAAUGUCAAUGGUGUGUACUAAACUAAUAAUUAUUUGAGUUAUGAAAUUACCCUCCUGGAAGCCAAAAUUUCUUCUUUAUUUUCAUUCGUUUUUCUAAUGUGGAAUCUCCCUUUAGAAUUUCUUUUAUUCGUUUUUGAAUAUCGGUCGGAAUAUUAAUAUUUUUUCAUGUUAGAAAAAGAAGAAAAAGUUAAAGCAUGUUCUAGUUCUACUCUACUCUACUCUACUCUACUCUAGACUAGACUUAAAAAAAUAACUGUGGCGGUUCGGUUGAGUAUGUAGCGUGCAUCAUCAUCACCAUCACCAUCACCAUCACCAUCACCACGCUCACAACUUUAUCGGUUUGAGAAUUGAGAAAUCGGGAUUCGAAUUCGGAACCAAACACCGAUGCGAUGGUGGAAGUGAAGGGAACCAACUGGUGGAGAGACGAGCUAGCGAGUCUCGUCGAUGAUUCCGCCGCGCGGUACGACGACGGCGAUCCACCGGAGGAGAGCUUGAAGGAGCAGUUUGUAGGGUUCGUAAUGGCGUGGUGUGAGAUUCUGUUGGAGUUGGCGAGAGGUUGUAGGGAUAUCGUGCGUCAGAAUUUGCUUAGCGAGGAGUCUUUUGUUGUGAGGAAGCUUCGUGGACCUUGUGCUAAGGUUGCGAGUAGGUUGAGGUUUCUCAAUGAUUUUCUCCCUGAGGAUCGUGAUCCUGUUCAGGCUUGGUCUGUUGUGUUCUUCGUUUUCGUUCUUGCGCUCGCAGCUAUCAGUUUAGAUCCUGAUCGGGACACGAUAGCCCCUGGGGUGAAGGUGCGCCAGCAUCCUCCUAGUGCUAGUCGGGUACAACUUCCAGAUGGUAGAUACAUGGCUUAUCGUGAGCAAGGUGUUUCAGCGGAGACAGCUAGAUUUUCACUUGUUGCUCCCCAUUCUUUUGGCUCAUCCCGACUAGCAGGUUUACCUGGAGUUAAAGCAUCACUGCUUGAAGAAUAUGGUGUUCGCUUGGUCACAUAUGAUCUUCCUGGUUUUGGGGAGAGUGACCCACAUCCCAAUAGAAAUCUUAACUCAUCAGUUAUGGAUAUGCUGCAUCUAGUCAAUGCUGUCAAUGUUAGUGAUAAAUUCUGGUUACUGUGCCAUUCUAGUGGAUGCAUUCAUGCUUGGGCUUCUCUCAAAUAUAUUCCCGAGAGAAUUGCAGGUGCAGCUAUGUUGGCUCCUAUGAUUAAUCCAUAUGAGUCACACAUGACUAAGGAUGAGAUGAAAAGAACUUGGGAGAAGUGGCUACCAAGAAGGAAAAUGAUGUACUCCUUGGCUCGUAGGUUUCCGAAACUUCUCUCUUUUUUCUACCGGAAAAGCUUCUUGCCUGAAAAGCAUGAUGAGAUUAGUAAGCAGCUAUCUAUUAUACUUGGAAAGAAGGAUAAACUUCUGAUUGAAGAACCAGAAUUUGAGGAAUUUUGGCAGAGGGAUUUGGAGGAGUCAGUUCGUCAGGGAAACAUACACCCAUUUAUAGAGGAAGUUGUCCUGCAGGUAUCAAAUUGGGGUUUUGACCUUGAAGAACUUCAUGUGCAGAAGAAGUGUCAAACCAGAGGCAUUCUUCUUUGGCUGAAAUCCAUGUAUAGUCAGGCGGAAUGUGAGUUAGUAGGAUUUCUUGGCGUUACACACAUAUGGCAGGGAAUGGAUGAUAGGAUUGUCCCACCAUCAAUGAUGGAGUAUAUAGAACGUGUUUUGCCAGAAGCUGUCAUCCAUAAGCUUCCAAAUGAGGGUCACUUCUCCUACUUUUUUUUCUGUGAGAAGUGCCACAGGCAGAUAUUCACCACACUCUUUGGAAUUCCUCAAGGUCCGGUUGAACGACAGGAGGAAACUGCACUCGAGGAAACCAAGGAAGAGGUUUUACAAGUAUCUGUUUGACUGUUUCUAAUGUGAAAUGACACGUAACUGCUGAUAUACACGACAUAGGUUGGUUGUAAAUAUUCCACAGGCGGCUCCACUGCUCGUUGGAGCUUGAAAGAUGAGAAUGUUCAUUACAUUACAUCAGUCCCAAAAAUUUCGGACCGUAAGAACUUUUGGAGAUAUAGGUAAGCACAAUUAUAGCACGUUUGGAUAGCUUAUUUUUCCUCAGAAUCAGUUUUGGUAUCUAAAAGCUAUUCAGAGAUAUUUCUCUCCAGAAUUGAUUGUGAAAGAAUUUCCUAACAUGUUAUUAGCAUUGCCUUAGCAAAUUGUAUCUUUUAAAUCCUGCCUAGUUGGUUUCAAUUCUACUUGUAAUAAUUUUUUUCCUUUUCAACAGUCAAUACUGGACGUUCUUCUGGUUA